AUGUCUUCGGUGUUGGUGAAAACCACAAGAUCUGCGAGUAGUAACAUAGGUGCACCUCACAAUUCGAAAGCUCUCUGGGUUGAUACCACCUUGGAAGAGAAAUUUCAGUUUGUGGGAGUAAGUAGAGGUGAUGUUGUUAGAGCCAUAUGGGGUAUUAAAUCUGAAGCUAUUGGUGAUGAUGGAAUUUCGUUGAAAUUUGUGAAAUUAGUUCUUCCAUUCAUAUUGGGCGUCGUUACCCACAUCAUUAACCAUUGCUUCACGACAUCAUGCUUUCCUGCGCAUUGGAAAAAAGCCAUCAUACUACCAGUUGCAAAGAAGACUACGCCCAUUAACCCUAGUGAUUAUAGGCCGAUCAGCAUAUUACCAGCUUUAGCGAAAUUAAUUACUAGAAAAAUAAAAGGCGAUCUGGAUAAAGUGGAUCUAAAUAUUUUUAUACAUCGAGCAAUUGAUUUAGUGAGGAAGGGUGAUUUCGAUUGGCAGAACGUUGAAGACGAAUGUAAUGUCAUUGUAUUUGGGGCUUUCGAAACAACUUCGAAUACCGUCAUUUACAUACUUAUGUUCAUAGCGAUGUUUCCGCAAUAUCAGGAAAAAUUAUAUGAGGAAAUCAUGUCCAUAUUUUCAACUAAAGAUGAUGUUGAAGUUUCCUACAGUGACAUACAGCAGAUGGUUUAUUUGGAUAUGGUAAUCAACGAAACAAUGCGUGUUAUGGCUCCAGUACCGUUGGUGGCAAGACAAACCGAAAGCGAAGUUCAGCUAAGUAAUGGUGUUACAAUUCCAAAGGGAUUACAAGUGGCAAUUGACGUCUUCAAUAUGCAUCGCCGCAUGGAUAUUUGGGGACCGGAAGCACACAUAUUUAACCCAGAUAACUUUUUACCCUCUAAUUUGAAUGAUAAACAUCCAUAUGCAUUUAUACCGUUCACAAAAGGAAUUCGAAACUGCAUUGGUUGGAAAUAUGCAUUGCUAUCAAUCAAAAUAGCUAUCGCCAAGCUGAUAUGGAAAUUUAGAUUUACAACCACGUUUGAGUACCAGCAGUUGCAUUAUGUGGAAGAUAUAACAAUUAAAUUAAAAGAAACUCCACUUUUUAGAAUAUAUGAUAGAAGAGGAAAAACAAAUUAAACUACAAGGACAUUUUCUCAACAGCUUGAAGCUCAUAGUCUAAGAACCAGUGAACAGCAGACUGUAUGUAACUUACCAAAGCUAAAAUUUUGUGCAGUCGAGCCCUAAUAUCUCCUCUACUUGGAAGGGAGGCUAACUAAGCCCGGAAGCGGUCCAUACGGCGUCAUGCAGGUCGCAAAGGUAGCACAUUUAGACCAACUUCGAAAGUAUUUUAAUAAGUCUGCAAUUUAAAUAUUUUAACAUUCAAUGUUACUAUUAUGAAAUAUUAUUAUUUUACUUAUUAAAGUAUUAGAAGCUUGUAUUUAUCAGGGCAGACAUUCUGUCCGGUAAUAACAUCCC